GAGAUCGUUUAGCCGGAGAGAGAUACGGUGUAAAAUAUUUUUAUAUUUUUUAAAUUGAUUGCAGGCGAAACCCUAGUCAUCCGGCGUCGAAAUCCGGCAUCACUAACAAAGUUUUGUAUAGAUUUUGGAGAAAGAGCAGCGGUGGUUAAAUUCCAGUUCAUCUUCUAUGGUGGAAUAGUUCUGCAGAGAGCUCAAUUCGUUGAAGGAUUUCGGAGAUGUCAUCGACGGGUAGAUCGGCGGCUGUAGCAGCCGGAGACUUGCAGGUGGUUCCGAUGGAGGACAAGGCGGUGGCAGGCCUUCCUCCGCGACCUCCGACGUCUUCUUCCACUGCUUUAGUAGAAUACACGCCGCCGGCACCUAAUCCUGAAGAGGAGGACCUUGAAAUUAAGCUCCGCCGUAUAAUUGAAUGUGUCCCCGUCCGUGUUAGCAAUACUUCUGGUAGCUCCGCCGGUUCUGGCUCCGGUGACUUUCAUCAGUAUCGGCAGAUGAGGCGAAAAGAACAAGAUCGCCUUGCAAGGAUGGAUGCGGAUUACCAAAAAAGAAAAGAAAUGGCAGAAUUCAACACGAAAAGAGAAGAAAGAUUGAAAGCUGCCGAGGAGCGCACUGCCAAGAAACGCUUGAAACGCCAGAAGAAAAAGCAGAGGAAGAAGGAAAAGAAGAGCCAGCCAACUGCAGGCGGAGAAGAACAACAGCAAAGAGUAGAAUCCUCCGAUGAUGGAGAGUCGAAUAAUGAUGAAGAAGCUGAGAGAUGAUUGAAGUUAUUUGUCAUCAUCUUUUAUAUUGUGUAACUCUUGUUGGUUUGCUUUAUCUGCUUCCAACCAACCAUGUAGUUUCAAGAAAAUACUAUGAGAAUCAGGGGAUAGUUCAAAACAGAGUUGCAGCUUUUUAUUUGCUUUCA